AUGGAGGUGAGAAAGUCCAGGGAGAGAAGGGCAUCAAGGACUAUAUUCACAUCGUACGCAGAGUACCCAUGCCAGAGAUGCAGCUCAAGAGGGAUCGAAUGUCUCUAUUCAAUCAAAGACAAGGCCGUCCUUGUCCCCGAGGACUACUUGCGGCGCAUAGACAGUACAUUGAAUGAGCUGAAAGAAAUGAUUCGGGCGAAUGGCUCUCACGUUUCAACCACACAGGCCAGUACCGAUGCCGUAGCGGAAUCAAGUGAGCUACCUCACGGGGAUCAGAAUGUAGCUAUCCAAGCGCUUGUCGACGAUUCCACCCCCGAGUCCUUCAUUCGCAAGAUGAGAGAGGUUCUCCAACCUGGCAAUCAGACGAGCAGCAAUAUGUGGUCCACGAGGCUGCCCCCGAUGUUCCCGGGCAGCCGCCGCUCAGCCAGCCUUGGUUCCGCGCCGGACCAACAGCGGUACACAGUUAUGCGAUUUGACAGCCUUCAAACGAAUCUGGACUUCAAACUCCCUACAUAUUCCUAUGCCGUGAAACUGGUCACCGUAGCGGAGCGACUGUUUGGGGAUUACCACACAUUCCUGCGCAGGAGGUUCUGGAGGGAUCUCCAUGGGACAUACAGAGACUUCCAGUCGUACUCAGUCAACCGGAAUUGGCUCUGUAGGCUGUCGCUCAUCUUGGCUAUUGCGGAAGCCGGGGCAGCGAAUGACUCGUCAAUCGCGACUGCUGCGUCAUCGAGAGAGGAGAAUACUUCCUCUGCCUCGGAAACCGAUGAAACAACCCCAUCGGCCCUAUCAUCAGGGAUUGAGCUUUUCGAGCAAGGUCUCCUCAUGCUCAAGGUCUCGUACGAGGAACCAACCGUGGAUGAUAUCGAGGCUCUCAAUCUCGCUUCUCAUUGCAGUUACAUCCUCAAUCGUAGAAAAUCCGCAUACGCGUACGCAGGCCAAAGUAUCCGUCUAGCGCGCAGCCUCGGUCUCGAUAGACCUGCACCAUCAUCGCUCUCCAAUGUCGAGCGGGAGCACAGGAAGCGUGUCUGGUGGACUGCCUUUUGCAUCGACCGAUCAACCAGUGCCGAGCUCGGUCUAUGCCCCGCCUAUGCUCGCAAAGCCGACAGUCUUGGCCUCCCCGACUCGAGUUCUCUCACCUCGGAGGAAAAGGAGGAGUUUUACGACACAGAAUUGCUGAUCAUGCAAAUCAAAGUGUGCGAGAUGAAGAGCGAUGUGAUCGAAACAGUUGGCACGCUGAAGAACAAGGACAUUGAGCACCCGUACGAGAUCAUUGGGGAGUGCCUGGACCGGUUGAAUGCAAGCAAGGGGGCUUUCCCGCAUGACGUUUGUUCGUCUAACAAGAUUCAGCAAGAAUACAGUCAUUUAGACGCCCGAGUAUUGUCAUCAAUGUUGCUGCGGUACAAUCAGUGCUACAUACUCCUCCUUCGACCCAUCCUGCUUCAUCAAUUCGCUUUUGUUCUGCGCAAAGAUGUUGUCAUUACCCUCUCAGACGACAUUCGCUCCAUCAAUCAAAUCUGUCUCGAAGCUGCGCGGAGCAACGCGAAGAUCCUGCUUAACCUGGCUGGCUCACAGAAGCUAGUCAAAUACGGGUACUGGGACUCCGUCCAUCUCUUCUCUAGUCUGAUGAUCCUGAACCUUGCCAGUCUCAUAAGCCGCAGGCUCCAAGGCGCGGGCCAGUCAAGCAAAGAGGAGACGGAAAAUGACGUUUCAAUGUAUCAGCAGGGUCGUCGUAUUCUGCUGGGACUAGCAGAAGCAGGGAACGUCCCCUCAAAACAUCACCUGAGUAUGCUCGAAGAAGUAGAGGCGAUUGGGGAGAUUCACUCGUGGCCGGGAGACAGCGAGCUAUCCGGAUCAGAGAACGUUGGGAUCGAGCUGGGAUUCGACAACUGGGGCGAACUGAUAGUUCCUCCAGACCUUAAUUUCGAUGUUUUUAAUCCUUCCUCCUCAUAUUUUCAGUUCAUCUAA